AUGCCUUCAAUCAACAUCUUCUUCCUCAUCUUCGCGCUCUGGCUCCUCCGAGGGCUGACGUCCUCGUCGGCCUUCACCUUGGAGCUCAUCCAUCGCGACUCCCCCGACUCCCCUCUAUACCAACCAAACCUCACAACUGCGCAACGCUUCCUCAAGCAUGCCGAGAUUUCCCUCGCGCGCGCCUCCCAUUUCAAGGACCACGUCCACGCCGAGAUCCGCCUCCCGGGAAAGCUCUCUGGGCCCGUCUUCACCGCAGAUUUAUACAUCGGCACCCCUGCCGUCAAGAGAACUCUCGUCUUUGACACCGGCAGCGACGUAAUGUGGAUACAAUGUAGCCCCUGCACCCGCUGCUUCAAGCAGGACGGCCCCAUCUUCGAGCCAAAGAAGUCGAGCAGCUUCAAGCUGAUCAACAAAAACCACCCCCUCGCUGGAAGCUUCAAGUGCUCCAUGUUCGGCAAAGGUUGCAGUUACUCUGUUGGCUACUACAGCGGGCAGUCCUCGGCGGGGCGGGCCGCAACCGAGACUUUCUCGUUCGAAAGCAGUUUGAAAGCGCCCGCAACAGUGUCGAACCUCGUCUUUGGCUGCGGGACUUCCAACUCCGGGUCUUUCCCGCCGGCGAUCAGCGGAAUACUGGGGAUGGACAGGGAGCCGACGUCCUUGCCCCGGCAGCUCGGCGCGGGGAUCAAGAACCGGUUCUCCUACUGCCUCUCCCCGACUACAUCCUCAUACGUCAGGUUCGGGGACGAGGCGGUGAUCCAAGGGAGGAACGUGCAAAGGACGCCGUUCCUCGAGACGAAAAACAAACGGAGCACCACUAGCUACGCCCUCCCGUUGAUGGAUCUCAGCAUCAACGGGAGGAGGCUCGGGGCGAGAUUCCCCGAGGGAAUCUACAUAGACUCCGGAUCCUCGUUGAGCCUGCUGGAAACGAGUGUGUAUGUUGCUGUGAAAAAUUAUCUUGCUAGCUAUUUUGCCAGUUUUCACGAUGUUAAGAGGCAUACAAGGAGUAAUGCACCGGACAAGUUUCUCUGUUAUAGUUAUGCGGCGGCACCACCGACUUUACCGACAAUGUUUUUUCAUUUCAAGGGGGCUAAUUUGGCGGCUGCGCCGGCGAAUUUGUUCUUCUUUCCGGGCAGGAAUGUGUUCUGUUUGGCGGCGUUGGAGUCGAAAACUAUUUCCAUUUUGGGGUCGUUUCAGCAGAGGAAUGUGAGGUUUGUGUUUGAUUUGCAGCAGAAGAUGCUGUCGUUUGCUCCUGAGGAUUGUUCUAAAGACUUUCAGCUUGGUGUCUGA